CAAAACACAUUCACCCAAAAAUCUCCAUUUCCCAAAUCCCCAAAAAACCCAAAUCACAAUUCACGAGAUAGAUAUGGCCUCCUCAUUUCCCAAAUUGCCCCUGGCCCUUUUCAUUGCACUCUCCCUCUCCUUCCAUGCAGCUCUAGGUGAGAUCAUUUGUGAAAAUUUACAACAAGACUUGUGUGCGUUUUCCGUAUCUUCGUCCGGCAAGCGAUGCCUACUAGAGAACGCGGCGCGCAAGGAUGGUACCAUUGAAUACCAAUGCCGAACAUCAGAGGUUGUCGUGGAGAACAUCGUUGAUUGGAUUGAGACCGAUGAGUGUGUAUGUGCAUGUGGGGUUGAGCGGAAUUCCGUCGGAAUCUCGUCGGACUCCCUCAUGGAGCCACAAUUCACCGCCAAGCUAUGCUCGCCGGCGUGCUACCAGAAUUGCCCGAACAUUAUCGACUUAUAUUACAAUCUCGCCGCCGGGGAAGGUGUGUUUUUGCCAGAUUUAUGUCAAGUGCAGCGAACGAAUCCUCACCGUGCGAUGGUGGAGCUUUUGAGUUCUGGGGCUGCGCCGGGCCCAGUUGCUAGCGAAUCUUCGUCGUUCUUCGCUGCUGCUCCUGCUUCCUUUUAAUCAAAUAGGCCAUUUCACAGAUUUUUUUUUUUUGCUUUUUUUCAUUUGAAAUUAAAGAGAGAUUUGGGUCAUUUUAUUGGGCUUUGAUGAGAGAUUUUUAAUUUUUUAUUCUUAUUAUAGUCAUUUGUAUUGCUCAUUUUAUGAAAUUAUCUAUGUUACUAAUAUUGAAUAUUUGGUUUUUUU